UCGAGCCACCGUGGCCCGGGAAAGGAAAUCCUGCCGAACGGUGUCCGUCAAAUCAUAGGAGAGAAAAAAGAAAAAGAGAAGAAGGAAAAGGAAACGGGGAAAACAAUUCCGCAUCCCGUAUUCCAUUUUUUUCUUUUCUUUUUUUUUCCCUCGCUUUCGCACGACUUUACGACACCAUUAAGCAGAGUUCGCAGUCAUUGGUUCGGAAAGCUAUCGACCUAAAUAUUGCGCGAUAAAUUCAUUCGUUCAUAAUUGUUCAUCGCUUCGACUAUCGAGAUAUAUCGGGAAUGAAUUUCUCUCCACCCGUCCCGAUAUAAAAUUCACUUUUUAUCGGAAAUAUCUUCAUUCCACAUUGUCUAGAUCGACACAUCGCGACCACUGGGAGCGAUCGUUACGUCGAAGGGCAUCGAUCGAAGAUCGAUCGAUCGGAAAGGUCGAUGACUCUCGAAGCAAUGACUCGAGCAAGCCAGAGUGGCCACGAUAGUUUACCUAAGUACUUCCAUAUCCACAUACAUUAACCAGGUUAAUGACAUAGACCCACCGAGGUCUCGCGAUCGUCCGACUCGAUUUACAUCGAUCGCGGUCGCGAGUCGACCGGACCCAUCGAUAAAGUCCCGGAAUUUCUAGAAAAUCAUUUCGAAAACCAAGCUAAGAGCGAUCGAGACCCCAGCAACGAGACUCGCGCGUACGUAUUGCCAUCGCUGCGGUAAUUGAGGAUCGAUUGCGCCGAUCGAUGAAAUCAGGAUCAUCGAAUCGAUUCCCGAAACGUCGAUCGAGGUGUUGCGCCGAUCGAUAGAAAUCGGGAUCAUCGAAUCGAUUCCCCAAAAGGACGAUCGAUUGCGCCGCGCGCGGGCGCGCUGACGGGCGGAAGAGAAAUAAAGGACAAAAAAAAAGAAAAAGAUAAGAAAAGAGUGAUAGGGAAAACGAAAACCAGAUAAAAGAAAGGAGAGAGCGAAGCAGAACUCACGUCAUGACACACUGUCGAGUCAUUAGGAAAGUUAUGAAACGUAUGUCAAUUGAUCCCCUCAGAUAAGUGUGCGUCCUUGUGGUCACGUAGUCGUCGACCUGUGCGGAUGGGCGUGCGAGUGCGAGAGAGAGGGAGCGAUCGAGGAUCGCGCGAGUGCGAGAGAGACAGAGAGAGAGAAAGCCGGCGAGAGAGGCGAAGUUAUCAAUUAGGACGAAGAGAGGAUAGGAGUCGGGUGAUAAAUGUGCGUGGACGGGAAGAACCUCGCCGACCUCGGGGACAUCCUGAGCGGAGACCACUCUCGAAGGCGUCGAACUCGAGGAGGUGGGAAGUGCAGCCAGGAAUCGGUGCGGUCUGCAUCGUAUGCACCUGUGUGCACCUGCGCGCACCUAGAGCGAGCUUAGAAAGACGGUGUACAGAGAGAUGGGGGGAGUAGGGAGGCGCGAAAGUACGCAGGACACGGGAGAAGGAACUGACUAACGUUUCAGGAGGCAGCAGUCACACCACUCGUCCGGCAGUGCGUCCGUGGCCACCAGCCACACCUUGUCGAGAUCCCAACCAAAGCCUAGGACCGUGGUGACCUUCGAGCACCGACCUUGAAAAGAAGCGAAUCGGCGAGGUCGUCCUCCUUAUCAGAGGCUCCCGCGAGGACGCCAAGGCGCCACCCUGCCCACGAAAGUCCCAAAGAAUUAUCGAGGAUGGAAGUGAAGGGGCGCGUUGCCCUCGUUACAGGUGCAGCUUCCGGUAUAGGACGAGCAUAUGCCGAAGAAUUGCUCGAUCAAGGUGCCAAGGUCUCCGUCUGCGACAUUAACACGGAGGAGGGCGAGAAGGUGGUCGGCAAUUUGGCGUCGAAAUAUGGCAAAGAUCGCGUUAUCUUUUGCCAAUGCGACGUCACCGAUUAUCCCCAAUUCGAAGAAUCUUUCCAAGCUACGAUUGCGACUUUCGGUCACAUCGACAUCGUCAUCAACAAUGCUGGCAUCAUGAACGAUCGGUUUUGGGAGCUCGAAGUAGACAUCAACCUUAACGGGGUGAUCCGCGGUACGCUUUUGGCACAGAGAUUUCUGGGCACUGACAGAGGAGGCUGGGGUGGUGUCGUCGUCAACACCGGCAGUAAUAUCAGUGUCAACCCUUAUGUCAGCGUGCCGAUUUAUUCCGCGACAACGACGGCCAUUGUCAGCCUUACCAGAGCUUUCGGGGACCAAUACCACGUGGAUCUGACAGGAGUGAGAGUGAUGGCCCUUUGUCCGAGUGCGACAGACAGCAAUCUGGUUCGCGACGUCACGAAGCAACUUCUUUCCGCCCGAUACGAGGACGCCUGGCGUCGCGACACCGCGUCCUCGAUCCCUCAAAAAACCGAGCACGUGGCGAAGGCGUUGAUCCAAGUGUUGAGCACGGGAAAAAGUGGAAGCGUCUGGGUCGUCGAAAAUGGUCAACCCCCACGUGAGAUAAGCUUCCCGAAGCAUUAAGUCGCAAUCACGACGGGAACCUUCCUCGCUUGACUGCAAAUACAAUGCCGUACCAAUAUCUAAAUGAUAUAAGACAGUCCAUAUAAGCAGCUAUGAAUCGGUGCUGGGCAUCACUUGCAAAACAGACGCCACCCGACGCUCUCAUUCCACGCGAAGAAUGUCGAAUGGACGGUCUCGAGUCUUCGAGGGGGUGAAUUUUAAUUCCAUUAUUGACAAACCGUUUGUUGAAGAGGCCUUGGGAGAAUGGAAUGAUAAAACGAACCGUUUCCCCUGUAUUUCGAGGCGGCAAUUUGGACUGAUGGGUUUCAGAGCUCGAUCGGUCAUUUCUUUGGACUUCCACGUGGAAUGGGGGUGCGGAAUAGAGAUGUAAUGGAAAUCUCGUUUUUUACUGGGAAAUCGUAUUUUGCCCGGCACUGUCUCCGAAUGCACAACCUACGAGGGUAGGUCAGGUGCGAAAAGAUACGGUCCGAAGACUUUUAUCAGAUAGAAUUGCUUAGGUCGAUAGACUGUACCUACAGGUGGACGGAAUCACCCCAGCGCAUUUACCCCGUCGUUGGGAAAUUUUAGCCUCAGGAUAAUAUUAACAUAUUACAAUUUUAUCGUUUAAAGUCGCAGCCCUAAUAGCCACGAUCCGUGGCGGGUUUCGAGUACACAUUCGGCGUGGAUUUAUCGUAACGAUUAUCGAUUACGUACACAGGGUGCUUCUCCACUGGCGUGAGAAAAUUAUAUAAACGUUCAAGAAAAAUGUUAAUAAUUCGGGGAAAAAUUGUCACAAUACCCCGAGAAGCUUUCCAGGACCCAUGGAAGUCCUUUUAGAAGCUGAGACGAUGAAUCUCAAUGAAUCUCUUACACAAAAGCGGAAAAUCCUGAAAUUGAAAGAUAUGGUUCUGAUAAGCUAUUAGGCAUCGAUAUUACCAUUUCUUCUUUUUCUUUUUUUUUUACUCCCAUUAUCAAGGAAUGGCUAGUGGAGGAACAUCCAAUCGGUACAUUUUCACGUGGGGUACCUCGUAAAGGAUCGAACGCACAGAAGCAAUCGUGCUCGUAAUUUUUAUACAUUUUUUAAGCGAGAUCAAGCGCGAAGGGUGGCGGAGAGAAGUCGAACCGAGGGCGGGAAUUUUAAAAUGGGGGUAGAUAAUGUGGUAAGAAAAAAAAAGAUAUACGUGUAGACAAAAGAGGGGGCCCUAUCGUAACAAAGGGUCCUCUCUUCCGCCCUUCGAGGUUCGACAUCGAAGUCGCACCCUUUUCCCUUCAACUCCUGCAACCCACGAUCGGUAGAUCGGGUCCUUGCACAACUGAAAAUAUAAAGAAUAGGAAUUCUUCGCUAUUUUUAUCCGACUCUUUGACCGAUCUCGAUCAGUGCCAAUGAUCGAGAGUGGUUUAACCGAUUAGCGCAGUUAGCUAGGCGAGCUGUAAACCGCAGGGGGAUAAUUCUCUUAAAUUCCUUAGAUUUCCAAUUGUGCAACGAGCUUCUCGUUUCGCUGGAACGUGCAGGUGCAGGGGAUUAUUAAUAAUUGUUUUUUUUUUCUUUUUUCAUAGCAAGACCUCGUUUUUUCGGGCAGGUUCAAGCAAACGGGGAAUCAUCGGUUUCGCAUUCGUUCGCUUCUAGGUUUGCGUUGCACCGGCGGGAAGGUGUUCUUCCCUUAUCGGAAGGGGUUAUCGCACGAUUAGGACUCUUCGAGGGUGACCAACAAGGGCGACACAGAGGGAGGAAGUAUAAAAGACGAAGGGAACGAGGAGUCGCGGUUAGGUCAUUGUAAAUCGUCAACGGACUAUAAAUCCGUAGCUAGAGGAAAUUGUUAGUUCUGUUAUCAUUUGCUCGAGAUGUACGUUGCAAGCCUUAAUAAUAAAAUGCACAGCUUGGUAAGAACCCAGAACCUUCCUCCUCUCGGAAUUACCGCGCUAAAAGGUCGCCGAAACACAUUCUACAUUGGAGCGACCAUGCUUUUGUUUCUUUCGGCUUUCUGUCAACCUUUGCGCGUACUCUAUCAGAGAAUGAUAAGACGAAAGUCCUUGGCAAAUUCUUAGUUAAAUCCCGUUCCUUCGUGGGCCUUUAGUCUUAUUUGCUGGAAGGAAAGGGCCAGGGAGAAAGGAUGCUUUCUGUGCCCCUCUUGCGGCGCGCAACACCUGCUUUGACCAAUCACCUGAAGGACCCUUUCAGUUCCUCGUGCAAUUUUUACACCUGCCGUUG